AUGAUCCACCGGGGAGCAGCGUACCUUGACGUUGUCCUGGCAGUACGACAUAAGGAUAUGAUGGCAAACUCGCCUUACCAAAUCGACCACCCACCCAUCAUGUUCCCCACUGCCCCCCUCCUCGCCGCUCUAGCAGCAGCAGCAGCCACCCCCCUCGCCCACGCAGCAAACGCAACAUUCUUCCCCACCCUCAACAUGACCGAUACCUCAGGCAAUCUAAUCCAAGCCCACGGCGGCGACAUUAUCCGCUCCUCCGCCUCCGGCUCCAACGACACAGCCUGGUACUGGUUCGGCGAAGACAAGACCAACGAGACGACCUCAGGCCACUUCCAAGCAGUGAACUGCUACAAAUCGCCCGAUUUCAGCUCGUGGGAAUUCGUAGGCCCGGUGCUAAGUCCUGUAUCCGGAACCAACAUCUCCUCCGACUCCGUGGUGGAGCGGCCAAAGGUCCUGUAUAACGACCUGAACGACGAGUACGUCAUGUGGUUCCACAGCGACAGCGCCAACUACGGCGCCGCACGAGUCGGGGUCGCGACGAGCAAGACCAUCGACGGGACGUACUCGUACCGUGGCUCCUUCAAGCCCUUUGGGAAUGAUAGUCGCGAUAUGACGAUCUACAAGGAUCCGGAUACGCAGACUGCGUACCUCAUCUAUGCCACGACGAACAAUGCUGAUUUCGCUAUUGCCUCGCUGGAUAGCGAUUACUAUAACGUUAACGAGUCCCUGUAUACCUUUAGUAGUGUCUACUACGAAGCCCCCGGGGUCUUCAAAAUUAACGGGUUAUUCUACCUCCUCUACUCGCCUCAAGACGGCUGGACGCCCACCGAAGACGGAUAUUUCACUUCCUCCUCCAUGGCAGGACCUUGGUCUGCCUCGACCUUGUUGGCGGAGAAGGGCAGUUAUGCAUACCUUACGCAGAAUGCGUACGAUAUCACUAUCAAUGGAACAGAGGAGACGCUGUAUCUCUACUACGGCGACCACUGGUCUGGCAACGAACUGGGUUCGAGCACUUAUUCUUUCUACCCCGUUGUUUAUGAUUCUCAGGAUAAGAGUAUUAGUCUUCAUCAAACGGGCGGCUGGACCCUAGACGCUGAGACGGGGAUCUGGUCCGACUUACCUUUCACCACUAUCACGGCCGCGGACUCCACGACGCCAAAUACCACCCUGAUAUCCUGCGCUGAUGGCUGCGUCGGCGUGGAAGCAGCUAAUAUGACUUCGAGCCAGACUUUCUCAUUUACAUAUUCCGGCUCCGCGGGGACGAAGGUAUUGGGAUUACUGUAUACAUAUAACGGACCCAAAAACAGUUUCCUCCACGUCAGGGUGACAGUCGACGGCGUUGUGGCGAGUGGAGAAGCCUUGGUGGAGACGAGUCGGGGCACGACGGUGCAGCAGGAGACUGGUACUAUUGCGACUUUGAAAGAUGGGAGCGAGGUGGUGUUGACACUGCUCGACUCCAACGGGGAUGAAUUCCUGAUCGACGGCGUGAAGAUUUACGAGGAUCCCUCUUGCGGGUGA